AUGCCCUGCUUAGAUGACCUAAUUGAGACCAUAGGCAGGUGCUAUUUCAUUACCUGUCUAGACUUGACAGAAGACUAUUAUCAAGUAAGAAUGUCCUGGGGACCAGGAAAAACUGCCUUUAGAAGUCCCCUAGGUUUAUAUGAGUUUAAAGUGAUGGCCUUUGGACUAAAAAAUGUGCCAGCGACCUUUCAAAGGCUAGUGGAUAAGAUCCUGCAUGGAUUAAGGGAGUUUACAGUAGCUUACCUGGAUGAUAUUGCAAUUUUUAGUCAAACCUGGUCCGAACACAAAGAGCACCUAGAGUUAGUUCUACAAAGAAUUAAAAAGGUGGACUUGACCAUUAAGGCUAGUAAAUGUCAGAUUGGGGUCUCAGAAAUCAAGUACCUUGGACAUAUGGUAGGUGGAGGAAUAAUAAAGCCCUUAGAGACCAAGGUGGAGGCAAUUACGAACUGCCCUACUCCUAUGUCAAAAAAGAAAGUGAGAGCAUUUUUAGAUUUGGCAGGGUGUUAUCGAAAAUUUAUCCCUAAGUUCAGUGAACUAGCUGCACCACUGACCGACUUGACUCGCAAGAAAAAACCGGAGCAUGUUGAGUGGACAUCAGUGUGCCAGCAGUCAUUUCAUGCGCUAAAGAAUGCCUUGACUACCGGACCAGUCCUCGUCGCAACAAACUACGACAUAAGAGUUCACCAUCUUUACAGAUGCGCUGAAUGCUGGGAUUGGAGCCGUGCUGUGUUAACUGGGAGAGGAAAACAACCUGCAUCUGAUCAGGUACCCAGAGAGAAACACCUUUCCAUGAUAGAAAAAGAAUGUUUUGCUAUAGUCUAG